AUGCCGCCGGGGAAUUUGGCAUUCGAAAAGAGCUGUCUCUCUUUCUCUUCGUCUCCAUGUCCGUUUCACACCUUUUGCCAAUCCGUGGAGUUUCGCCUGCGCACCUGCAGCCAUACAAGAGUCUGUUAUUUUUCUGAUGAGUACGUGGAUUCUAGAUAUUUACUGGGCCAGGGCAUCGGUGCCAUCAUCUUUCCCCCAUACUCGGAGGCGUUCGGACGCAAAAAGCUGUAUAUCGUCAGUACAGCCUUGUACAGCAUUGCCUGCGCCAUCGUGGCCUCUGUUCACAGCCUUUCCGGCGUCGUCAUCGGUCGCCUCGUCAGCGGGUUCCUCUCAGCCAUUCCGACCACCGUGGUGAUGGGUAGUAUUGAAGACAUGUUCAAUUCGAAGGAUCGGGUCUGGAUGGUAUGCUGCUGGGCUGUGGUGUCGAACUUGGGGCUGAUCGUCGGGCCCAUCAUGAGCACAUUUGUCACGGCGGAUCUGGGGUGGAGAUGGUUGUUCUAUAUCGCCACGAUGGUGACCGGCGGCCUGGCUAUCCUCCUGUUGGGUAUCCGCGAAUCACGUCCGUCGCUGGCAUUGGCAAAGGAAGUUGCAAAGCUUCGCGAAGUCACGCAGAUUGAGACACUCGAGGGCCUGAAUCCCGACGAGACGCCGGAUUGGCAGACCUUUGUUCGGAUUGCGCUGUGCCGACCGGCGCGACUCUUCUUCACCGAGCUCAUCGUUUUCAUCGUAUCUAUCAUGAGUGCCGUCGCCAUCGCCCUGGUGUACCUGUUCACGGAGGUUCUGCCUCCCGUCUACAAGGACAUGGGCUUCAGUCCGAAGCAUGCGUGUCUGCCUUUCCUGGCAAUUGGAAUCGGACUGGCAUUUGGGGUUCUGACGCGUUGCCUUGAUCUGCACAUAAUCAAGAAGCACCGUCAGCAGGGCCGUCCCCUGUUGCCUGAGCAUAAGCUGGCUGGGUUCGGGAUCGGAACGCCCAUCCUGGCCGUGGGCCUCUGGGUCUUCGCAUGGUGCAUCCCGCCGGAGGUGACCAACGUCCACUGGACGGUGUCCGCUCUGGCGCUGGUGCUGAUCGGAUAUUCCCUGAAUGAGAUAGACUACGUGCUAAGUGGAUACCUCACGGACAGCUACCUGAGCUACGCCGCCAGCGGACUGGCGGCCCUGAGCGUGGUCCGGGCGUUGCUGUCGGCUGCUUUGCCACUCAUCGCCGUGCCUAUGUUCUCGAAAUUGGGGGCCAACGUCGCGGUGUCGGUGCUGGCGGCCAUCGCCACGGUGUUUUGUAUAGUUCCGCCGUUGUUUUCGCGAUUUGGGGAGGGGAUUAGGGCUCGAAGUCAGUUUGCCAAGUAUAGUUUGCGCAUGUAUAACCAGAAUAGUAUCGACGAGAAUGGGUAUUAG